AUGCAAGCAGAUAAAAUCGAAUUGGAAGUAGCUGUCAUUUCAACAACACUAGAAGGAAACCAGCAACAACCACACACACCAGUCGAUUCUCGUUCUUCUCAACUCUCUGAUACUGAAAGCCCCGCGUUAAUUCACGACAGUAAUCUCCAAGAAGAGGAACAAGCAGCUCAAGCUAAUCAUCACAGGACGAAUAUCAACAUGGAUGAAGAAAUUUUAAAAAUCAACACGCUCUCAAUCACGUUUGCAGGAGUUUUGAUCGCGGUUGGAGGGAUUAUACUUUAUUUUACACGCUCUUUUAUUUCUUCUCGUUUAAGAUAUUUUUUACCUAUACCACCUAUUGGUGUUGCUGCUUGUGUUGAUGGUUUUGAUUAUUUGGCUGAUUAUGUGAAAUGUAACGAUAUUAUUGAACGAACUGGAAUAAAUCAAAGAUCACCGUACAUAUUUAUGGCAAAAUAUAUAAUUAUAUAG